AUGGCCGAGCACUUGACCAUUUCAAACUUCCCAGGAAGUAUUGUCUGCUGGCAAGAUCAAAUCGCAUCCUGGCCCGUCGACACUCCGUACACGUUCAUCAACACUGUCGUCGUGCCCACGGCGGAAGACGUGGACGCGUUCUUGAAGGCUUGGGCUGAUGUGGCUGGGAUCAUGAAGGGCCAGUCUGGCUUUCUCUCGGCGCAGCUCUACCGUGGAUGUCCGGACAAAAAUGGUCGGAAUAACAUCCUCGUGCUCGUCGCGGUCUGGGAAUCCGUAGCGGCGUAUCAGGCUGCAGGGCAGAGACCGGAGUUGCAGGAGGCAAUUGUGAAGUUUCCGAAGGGGACGGUGGAGCAUUUUCUCAUGGCAACCAAGGUCGCUGUGCCGGGGUUGUGUACUGCUUCAGAAUAA